UGUUAAGGGGAGCUCCGAUGGGCCGAUUUUAUGUUAAAGGAGCACAAAUGGGCACAUACUUUGGAAAGGGGCACUCUGAUAGGCACAUGUGAUGGAAAGGGGCACUCUGAUGUGGAAUAUGAUGUAAAGGGGCACUCUGAUUGGGAAAACUGAUAUAAGGUGGCAAUGUGAUGGGGAUACCUGAUGUAAAGGGGCACUCUGAUGGGCACACCUGAUGUGAUGGGAAUACAUGAUGUAAAGUUGCACUCUGACGGCGACACCUAAUGUAAGGGGGCACACUGAUGGGCUCACCCUAU